UUUCACUCUCUUCACUGCUCCAUCUCUCUCUUCCCUAAAUACACAUGAGCGUUUCGUUUCCUCCAUUCACUCUUUCUCGUCUUCUCCGUUUCUCCUCCUCCCAAGCUUUCUCUUCCGGGUUCGGAAUUUGCGGUCAUGGCAGAUUUCGAUGCUCGCCUAAUGUUGGAUCGUUACCUUUAUGACUAUUUCAUGAAGAAAAACUUGCCAGAACUUGCCGAGACUUUCAAGAACGAGGCUAAUCUUGAAAUUGAUCCGAAUGUUCCGCUAGCAAUAGAUGUACCGGAAGGAUUUUUGCUUGAGUGGUGGAAAGUGAAUUGUGAUUUUGCCUCACUUAGAGAAUGGCUGAACCAACGAUUACAGGAAAAACCAAGCAUGGAAGCCACACAAGAACAUAAUGAUUCUCAAUCAGGAAAAUUUUUCAUGCAUUCAGAAAUAAACAAGCAGUUGCUGAUUGAUUAUGCUUCUGCAAUGAGCACUGGGAGGAAGUCACCAGCCUUGCAUGAAAGGGGUAAAGCGCUCCUGGCUUUCUCAACAUCAUCACAUGAACAGGGACUACUGACACCCAAUUUGGCAAAAUAUAUUCCAUCCAAUCAUCCAAAUACAAGUGGUCAUAAACCAGAACCUAUAUUCUAUGCUACACUGGGAAUAGCAAAUACUGGGUCGAUUGAGAAAAGCGAUGGUUCAACUUCUGAAGCGAUAAUGACUGAUGGUGAUACAAGUGGAACAAGUGACUGCACCAGCAACAUUGGAAGACUUUCUACUGCUUCAGAAGUUCCAACAGUCCGUCAGUUGGAUUCCAAUAACGAGAAAUAGAUCAAUAUCCUCAAGCAUGGAAUGACUUCGGUGUUUGCAGGAGUGAAUUCGCUUGUGAAUAUUUAUGAUUAUGGUCUAAUUGUCUAAUCAAUAUGCAAAGCC